AUGACUGAAUAUUUCAAUUUUGAGAUAUUUGUCCAUGCGCUUGAGUUUGCAGAUCCAUCGUUUGUGGAGGCGACUUUGGGGCUACCCGAGAGCACCCAGUUUCCAGUUAUUCCCUAUGCAGUUGCGUUCAGCUUUCUUGACUACCCGCUUAUCUUAGUCUAUGCCAAGCAUGGAGCCCUGGAGACAUCUGCGUUCUCCGAAACUUUUCCAACUUACUACGACUUCAUUUCGUUCGACAGCGGCAAGUCAUGCGUGCUGCAGGCGGACGCGGAAGAGAUGCAAUUUCUCGUUGAGCAGACGCCGUUAUACGUAUCCUUAUUCCAUGUGAAAACACUGCCCAAGCCAACGAUGCUUGCGGCGGGCCAAACGCCGCUGCUCAUCAGCCAGGCACCGCACAACGCCUGGGACGACAGCUCCGCCAAAAACAACCCGGCCACUGCCCUGGACAGCGCAGCCGCAGUACGACAAGUCUUACUUUUCAGUCCUACUGGCGUUGAAGUAGGCGCGCUCCAUUUGAGCUGCCGUCUCACACAUUAUGGCUCCCGGGUUCCACCUUUGUCCACCCUCACAACGUUGCCGCCGCCGUCGCCCCCGGGUGCCACCGCCCUAGCAUCCGGCACGCACCCCACUGCGACCACCAUCGCGGCGACAGCCAAAGCUGAUCGCAGCGCACAGGUGCCGGAGGGCCAUUUGGCGGCCACAGCAGCAGUAGCUGCAGCGGCAGCGGCAGCGGCAGCGGCUGAUCUCCGGCGGCAGCGAGCGGCAGCGGCCCUGCAGCCGCCGCAGCCGCCGGCGCUAUUCUUCGCUAACGAUCCCCUGAUGUCCCAGCAGCCGCAACCAUUCCUGCAGCGUGCACAGGAGCAAGUGGCACGUCAUCGGGACGCCUUCACGGGCGGCCAGGUAACGGACGCAUUGGCGGGGCCGGCGGUGCAGCAGCAGCGGCAGCAGCAGCAACCAGCAUACCUGACGGCAUGGCGUCAGGUACGACAGCCCGGCGCGGCGGUAAGGGUGCAGCAGCACGGCAGCCGACGGGUUCAGGAGGAGGAAUUGUACGGCGAUGGCGAAGACGAUGAUGACGAAGAGGUCGAGGAGGACGAGGAUAUGGGAGCGAGGGCCUGGCGGCGCGGGGCCGUAGGCAACCAGGCGCACUUGCCGCCGGGGCGGCGGCGACGGCGGCGAUGGGAGGAGGAUGAGAACGACGUCGAUGCGCGCCCCGGGCAGGCGGUCCUUGAGGCGCUGUUCAUGCCCUCCUCCGCUACUGCCUCCGCUAGGCCAGCCGCAGCCACUGGGGCUGCCCUGGGCAGCGGCUCCUACAAGCCGGGUGAGGCGAGGGGUACUGCAUCCGUACGGGACGAUGCGGCAUUUGAGCUGGCGGAGCAAGUUUACCGCCAGACGUACCGGAGGUUGAUGUCGGCGCGGGAGAGGAGAGGUGGCGGCGGCGGCGGCAGAGCUGACGGCCGCUCCAAGGAUCCGGCCGUCAGGCGACCUGCGACGGCGCCGUUGGCGUCACCUCCGGCACCGGCACCAGCGGCGGUACGUCCUGGCACGUCGCGGGCGAUACUGGGGCAAAAGCUUGCGCCGAAGACAGCGGCAGCGGCAGCGCCGCCACGGCGGGCUCGGGCCGCAUGGGCUGUCCCAACUGAGAAGCAGCCGCAGCAGGCUCCGAUGACGCCCGGUGCCUAUCGCAGUCGCGGCGGCAGUGGCGGAGGCGGCCUGACGUCGACCGCAGGACGGUCACCACAGCGGCGCCGUACGGCGAGUCCGCAGAAGCGUGACCAGGAGCAGUCGCAGACCAAGAAGCAGAAGCAGGCAGUCGAGGGUGGCUUCCGCCGGGCCCAGCCGCAUCAGCAGCAGCUGGCAUAUUCCGGAAGAAAGCCCUCCCCGCCAAAACGAAAAGGGACGUCGUCGCCACUGCCAUCUCGCCGGGCGGCCGCCCCCAGCGGCGGUGGCGCCGCCGCAGCUCCUUCCCGGCUCACGGGUACAGCAGAGUACGGCACCGCAACGGCGGCUACUGCCAUUGAGGACGCCUCACUACGUAUUCACGGGGCGCUUGUCACUGGCGGCGGCGGCGGCAGCACAAUGACGGACCCGAGCUUAACGGCCGAGGGGUCGGGAGGGGUCGGGAGCCCGCCGCACCACAGCGGCAGCGGCGAUGAUGACGGAGGGGGGCCUGGAAGGUUCGAUCCGCUACGGCGGCUGCUGUUACCUCCUAGGAAACGUGGGCCAGGGUCUCGGGGCGGCGUUGACGCCGCCGCCGCCGGCGGCACGUCCGCGACUGCUGCCAUAGCGGCGUCCGCUGCGGCCGCCGCCGCCGCGGCAGCGGCGGCUCGAGGGGACGCCAGCAGCGACGGCGGAUCGGAAUUUGCUGCGGAAGCGGCGGCUCGUGCCGCUGCGGCGGCAGCCGCCACCGCGGCAGCCAUGGUCGCCGCCGGAGGCGGCGGCGGCGUAGCCUCCGCCUCCGCACCCGCCGCGGUCGGCGGCGGCGGCAGCGGCGGCCAGGUGUACCAGAUGACGUCCGUCCUGAUGUGGGAGGUGAUGAGCCUAGUGACAAUGCGGACGGUGCUGUCGUCGGCCAUAUCCGCCAUGGGUGGGCAGAUGAACGGCAUGGCGACACAGCUGGCGGCGCAAGCGGCGGCGCAGGCGAUGCAGCAGGUGCAGCCCUUCAUGGCGACGGCGGCAGGUGCCGGCGGCGGCAUGAUGCCGUACAUGAUGACCCCUCAAAUGAUGUCGAACAUGCCGCCUGGAAUGCCCAUACUAGUACCACAACAACAACAGCAACAACAGCAGCAGCAAACGGCGCAGCAGCAGCACACACCCCAACAACACCAACAACACCAACAGCAGCAGCAGCAGCAGCAGCAACAGCAAUACGGGUUAGCUGCCACGCAACAGUACAUGCCGUAUUGGUCGGGCGCCGCGCCGCCGCUCACUCCGCAGACCGGCACAUCGUACGCACAGCAGUACGCACAGCUUUACGCGCAGCAGUACGCACAGCAAUACGGCCAGCAGCAAUACGGCCAGCAGCAGUACGGCCAGCAGAUGUACGGCCAGCAGAUGUACGGCCAGCAGCAAGGGGUGCCGCCGCCAGCACCACCAGUCGCGUCACCAUCUGGCACCACGUCCUCCCAGGGAGCGUCAGGGGACACGGAGCGCGAGGGCAAGGGUACGGCAGGUCUUAGUGGGUCGGACAGCCCGGAUCGCCGUACCACGACACGGGCCUCAUCCAGGCGCUCAUCGCUCAAGAGUGCCGGUCCUCCUCGCACCUUUGACAAGCUGCAGUCCUUCAAGGUUCUGCCGCCCCGCAAUAAGCAGCAGCCGCUGGCUAAGGACCUGCAGCGGCAGUUGUCGACCCAUGGGUCAAUCGAUACGCCCUCGGAAGAGUACUCCGCCAAGUUUGCUUCGGAGCGAUCUUCCUCCACAUCCACCGUCUCCACAGCCUUUGGCUCAGGCGGGGUCCCUGAGCCGAGUGCCCUGCAGCAGCAACAGCAGUGGCGGCGACGCCGGGUCAGUGACGUGGCGACGGCUGUAGUGGAGUCCGAGGAGGAUGUUGCCGCCGCCGCCGGUGGCGGCGGAAUGUCGGGCGCCGCUCCGCCAACCCCCCCGGGCGGCUGGGUCAAGGAGGUCAGCAAGGCGAUGACGAAGCCGGCGGCGGCACCCGCGUCUGAUCAUCACGGCCACAUUUCCGAGGCCGAGGAGGAGGAGGGCAUGCUCAUGGAUGUGGAAGAGGAGGAAGGAGUGGCGACUUCAGCGGCGGCAGCGGCUGUCCGGGGUCCAGCCCACGGCGGCCCCGCCGGUCGCCACCCGGCGAUGACCACGUCCGCGUCCGGGGAGGCUGCUGAGGCCCACCUGGCGGGAGCGGCGAAGUGGCGGUCGGCUCGGUCUCAAAGCCGUGUGGCGUUCCAGGUGCCCGACACCGACCUCCUCAGGAGCACCCACAGCAAGAGCACCAUCAGCAUAAGUGAGGAGUCGGAUGAGGUGGGGCCGCUGGGACUGGGCGGCCGACUGCAAUCCCAGGUCACGACACAGGAGGUCCAGGCGGUCAACCCGGAGGAGACCGCCGACACGCUGCUGGAGGACUCCCUCCUGAACGACCUGCUGGCCUCCGGGGACAUGCGGGCAUCAGCCAACUCCAACUUUUCGGCGUCCACGGAUCGUCGUGUCGCGCAACGCGCCGUACCUGCGGCGACCUCCAAGCCGCCGCAGAGACCCACGCAGCCCGCUCGGCAGGAGUCCCAGGAGAGCGAGUACUCCCAGCUCUUCAGCGAAGUCGACGACGAGGAGGAGGAGGGGGACGAUGAGCCCGACGGGGGCCGCAAGGCAAGGGACCGCGAAGACGGCGCACUCGGGGGCCGUACGAGCCGCUCCUCCUCGUCAGCUUCACUCAAGCUCCCGGCGGCCCCGUCCAAGACCGCAUCCGCGCUGCCGUCCAACGCCGUCAGCCGCCAGGGCAGCAGCAGCAACGUCGCCGCUACGAAGCUACAGACGGCGCCGACGGCGCCGCAGCAGGUCCGGCGGCCCGUACACGAGAGCGGCAGCUCGUCCUUCGACUCUGACGACUCGGACUUUCUGAGUGAGGACGGGAAGGCAGCUAAGAAGGCGGCGGCGGAGGCGGCAGUCACCGCCGCUGCCGCCGCCGCCGCCGCUGCAGCGGCAUCAGCCGGCGGCGACAGACGCAAGGGCAAGGCCAAGUCGUCGUCCCGGCGGGGAGCCGCCUCUGAGUCUUCAUCUGCAUCGUCGUUGUUUAGCAGCUCUUCGUCACUCUUUUCAAAUGCGGCCUCCAUUAAUAUCUUGGGAAGCGGUUCCGGAGCCCUCGGUGGCCGCGGUCAGGCGCCCAGUGGUGGUGGUGGUGGCGGUGGUGGAAACGUGCAGCGCAUGCUGCUGCGCAGCAGCUCGUCCAUGUCAGGUGUACGAAGGCCUGACUCUGAGCUACCGUCGGCGGCACAGCGGCGCAGUCGACCUGCCAUCAGCGGCUUGUCCUUCAGUACUGAGGGACUGGAGAUCGAGCACAGCGUCGACGGCGGCGGCGGCGACGAUGACUACAGCGUCAGCUUCGACAAGGACGAUGACGACCCGACGGCAGAGCUGGAAGUGGGACUCAGCGGCGCGCACCUGCCUCCGCAGCCGGUCGCGGCAAAGCACCCGGCAACAGCGCUUUAG